AUGAUUCGUCGAGUGGUUUAUGAUAUUGAAUUUCGUGUAAUAGUUAAGGAAAAAUUAAAUGCUGUUGACAGUGUACUUUUAACGGGUUCAUGUCAAGAAUUAGGCGAAUGGAUACCUCAAAAAUGCUUACCUCUUAAUCGGGAAUCAUCAUCAGCUACGGAAGAAAUCUGGUCAACAAAAGUUAAAAUUAGUAGAACCGGGCAUACAAAAAUAUAUUAUCGUUAUUUGAUUGCUCAAAUAGUACCAUGUGAUGAUGACAUGAAUCUAAUCAUUAAAAAGUGGGAAACAUUCAAAGAGCCGAGGGUGAUCGAAUGUGAUAAAUGGCCGAAAAUAGAUAAUAAUAAUGAUAUAACAACAAUAGCAUCAGGUACAACACAAACUGUGGAUAAUGCAGAUGAAUUUCCAGCAAUAUUCGGAACAUACAAAGGAAUAUGUCGAAUCGAUAUUGGUUGGUUAACCGGUCAAACAGAAAUUCAACUACGUUUUCUUAGUAAUUCAUUACAGAUUUGGAGCGCAAAGCUGCGUAAUAACAAAUUUAGUUUAAAAGUGUCUCCCAUCGAUUUAUCGUAUCAACAAGACAGUGAAGAAGUAUCAACCGAUUCACCCGUACAACAGUAUUCACCAAUAUCCAAAAUAUUUAUUCAGUCAGCUGUUUUGAGAAAAAAUUGCUGCGAGACAAGUUUUCAAAGUGACUAUGGAGCAAUUAUUGAAAAAGAUGACUAUUUGAUAAUUAAAAUUCAAACGUUUGAACCAGAAAAUGUUGCUUAUCAUAUUGAUUUUUAUUUGGUUGAUGAUAAUGCACAUAUUCGGAAACAUGUUGGCUUUGCCUAUGUUUUGCCCGUACAUUCAAAUCAAGAAUUAGGUGAUAAUAAACAUUUGACCAGAAUUGUACCGAUUAUUGGCCUCAAACAUAAUCCAAUUGGACAAGUAAAGAUUGAUGUCCAACUUAUUACACCACUGAAGGAUAUUGUACAAAAAUUUUUUGUUUCAUCGUCAAAAUACUGGAGGCAAGGCAGAAGAGUUGUUAAUGUUGGGCAUCGAGGUUUAGGUAAAACGAAUGCUGAACAUAUCCCAUCGAAACCACAUCAACAACAAGAAAACAGCAAAACUAAAAGUAGUGUGGGAAAUGAAAAUAACACCAACGGUUACGAUCACGACUCAUCUGCAAGAUUAAGUUUAACACCACCAAUUCCAUUAGCGAGACCGGUUCAAUCACGUUUCAUCAGCGAAAAUACGUUAGCAUCAUUCAAGGCUGCUUUCGAAGCGGGUGCAGAUUUUGUUGAAUUUGAUGUACAAUUAUCAAAAGAUAAAAUUCCAGUUGUUUACCAUGAUUUUCAAGUCGCUAUAACAUUAAAACGGAAAGAGCCACAAGCUGAAUUAUUUCUUGUUGGUGUGAAAGAUUUGAGUUUACCACAAUUGCAGUCAUUAAAAAUUUACCAUGCAUCAAAACGUGAUGCACUGAAACUAGAAGAUGACUUAGAUGAUGAUGAUCAAAAUACACCGUCGAUCACGAACCUACCAUCAUCAUCAUCAACGUCACCGUCAAUUGAUCAUAUAAAAGACAAAAGUACUGCGCAAACUGAUCAACAACAUCUACCACAACAGUCGGCAAAAAAGUUUCGUUCCUUAUUUCCAACAUUACAAGAAUUAUUCGAACAAUUAGAUCCACAUUUAGGAUUUAAUGUUGAAGUUAAAUAUGCUAUGGAAUAUAGACAAGGUGGUAGUGAACAAGCACAUUAUUUUGAAAGAAAUGAUUAUAUCGACUGUAUACUACAUUGUUUGAUGGCUUACGCAGGAAAACGUGUUAUUGUCAUUAGUACCUUUGAUCCUGAUUGUGCGUCUAUGCUACGGUUGAAACAAAAUUUAUUUCCGGUCCUAUUCCUAACACAAGGUGAAAUUCUUACCUAUCCGCAAUUCCUGGAUAUGAGAACAUGGACUGUGGACAUCGGAUUAUUUUUUGUGGUGGCUGAACAUUUGUCUGGUUUAGCUGCACCGGUAGGUCCAGUAAUGUCUUCUGCUUUUGUUAAACGUGUUAAAGAGAAUGGGAAAUUGCUCUUCGUCUGGGGUGAUGAAGCAUCGUCAAAAGAAGUGAUUAGGACUCUUGUAGAGUUACGUGUUGAUGGUUUAAUUUAUGAUAGAAUAUCAGAACUGCAAGAUGAACCAGCGACAACUGAAAAUGUCUUUAUAGCUGAAGAACGUGAAGAAUUAGAAGUUUUUAAUCGUUUGCGAACUCAACAAUUGGAACAACAGCAUUCACAGUUGCUACAAGAGUUAGAGCGCUUAAAAUCCAUUCGUGAUAAUAAUGGAAAAUUGAUAACAGAAGUUUUAACAGCAAUCGAUUCGACAAAAGAUUUCAAAGACUUGAUGUGA